GCCGGGUGACAACGUGCUGUAUGCUGGCUUGCCCACGGAGGACGGUAACAUCGCGGCCGUGGGCAUGACUUUCAACUUGGAGCAGCUGCGGUUGCUGGUGGAGGGGGCGGCGAAGUACGACUACCUAAAGACGGAUGCGGCAGCUCGGAAGGCAAGAGCUGCUAACCUGUACGAGCUUCCAUCGCUCGAGGAGCUGUGGAUGAAGGAGUGCCGCCCUUACUCGUCCACCGCCAAGGCCAACGAAUGUGGCAAGGGCAAGGGCGUGAACGACCCGAGGAAGGAUUUGCAGGACAAGGAGGCUUACGUGGCAAAUCUCAAGACGAUGGCCAUGCGCGGGUCCAGCCUCUACACGGGAUACGCGAUUGUGGGCGGGGGUGCGUCUCAAGCUGCUAGCUAUACGGAGAAGCUCAGCAAGUCCUGCAAGGAGUACUUUGAGUCCAAGGGGCAGGUGAACGGGGCGUGGGCUCGGAUACGGUAUGUUGUACAUAUGGGCACAGAUAAGGGUAUGAUUCAUAAUGUUAGGAAGGCGUAAUGUUAGAUUUGCCCGAUAAUUGUGCAUGGGACAGUGUAUGGUGACUGCUUGCUUGUUCCUUUGCGACAUUCUAUACCCAACACAGUGUACCGGCCAAGUUAUUCUCCCGUGUCGUGUCGUUGCCACUCAUGCCACAGGCGGAUGAGGAGGUUGCAGCGGCAAUGGAGGGCGUAAGGGGUAGGUCCACCCAAUGCACCCACUUGCAGUACGUACUGGAGGCGGGGCUCUUGUACAGCAAGGACGGGCAGGGACAGUACCCUAUCGACUUGCUGAACAAGUGCCCUAUCAAGGGCAAUGCUGGUAGGGCCGCCGCGAGGAUUCGGCAGUCCAUGUACUUGCAGUACGCUGGGCGCCUUGGCGCGCUGUGCAAGAAGGAUGCUCCAAUCGCACCGUUGGGGCUGCUACUGGCGGUGGGAGCUUCAUCCUCGUACAGGGAAGCUGGGGAGCUUAUCAACCAGUACCGGGCGGCUAGGAAAUCUGGUGGGUCACAUGCAACGGCUGCUUGGGUCUCGGGCGUAGGGUGGGCGCUUGCUUUCACUGGGGACAUGCAACCACAGUGGUGUUUUCCCAGCGCAAAGAACGUGCUUUUUACGUAACACACUGGCGCCAUAUGCAGGCAAUCCGCCCGCUCGGCCAGUGGUGGCAUUGGCGCGGCGCUUCUUUGGCAUCGCGCCGGAGCCUCCGUCCGUCAACACAAUCCCCAACACGGCUGGUGGCGUAGGCGUUCGGAUUGAGGUCGACGGAGGUGGCGGUGCUGCUGGUGGCGCCACAGGCGGUGCCGCAGGGGGUGCUGGAGGUGCUGGUGAGGGAGUGGCCGCGCCCUUGGUGAGCAUAUACG